UAAAUGGACCUGGCAUCGCUGCAACAAAGGGCAUAAUAUUCCGCGAUGUUUUCUGCCCGACCCCAAACCCCCACAUAACUAACGCUGCAACUCGGGUAAUCGCUUUGUUUUUCCAGCGUGAAGAGCAAUAAUCACAACACGUUCUUAUUGUUGCAAUGUCCGAUCCAAGGCUGCGCCAGCUCACUAUCAAGACCGGUGUCGUGAAGCGUCUAUCCAAGGAAAAAACCGUGUACGAAAAGGAGGUUGUCACGCAGCGGAACCGCAUCGAGAAACUGAAGGCAAACGGAGCUGAUGAUCACGACGUCCGUAAACAGGAGGAAGUACUGCAGGAAUCGAUGAUGAUGGUCCCGGACUGCCAGCGGAGAUUAGCAAAAGCAUACGAAGAACUGAAUGAAAUGCUGAAAAAUGAAGAGGAAUUGAAGGAAAGCGAACAGUAUAUCGCAGCUCUGUCCAUCUUGGGGGAUGCCAAAGUGAACCUACCUCAGUAACAUAACAUUAUUGUUGGA